GCACUUGCUUCACGCGCUCUAGCACAAAAUGCAACCAUUAUACCUGCAGAUUUACAAAGUGGAUUUGUUCCAGGCGGCGACCAAGUACAAGCCAGCUUUACUAAUAAUGCAAUUGAUGGCUUCCAAGAUGGAACAGUCUUUACGCAACAGGCCGUAGCGAAAGAACCCACAUUUGCCCUUGGCGAUAGCAACGGCAUCAGCCCAAACAUACUGUACACCAUCAUUAUGGUAGACACAACAUGCUCGAACGACCGGAAAUUGCACUUCGCUCGUCCCAACUUUAAGAAUAAUUUCGACAUCACCAACAUCAAUACUAGUUCCCCAGCCAUUGUUGCAUACAUUGCUCCAGGCACGCUAGGCGAAAAGGGGAACAGGCAGUAUAGCUUCUUGAUGUACCAGAACCCGGGCGCGGUAGAGAUUACCAAGUUGAAGUUACAAGGAGGAAAUGCGACUUUCAACGUUCAGCAGUUUCAAGCUGACAAUGGUUUGGAUGCUGCGGUGGCAGGCGUGGGUAUGGUGGUGAAACUCGGUGGUAAGGCGAAUUGCGGA